AUGUAUUUUGAAUCAUUACCAAAUGAAAUUUUACUUUAUUUAUUCGAAUAUCUUCAUAGCACUGAUAUACUUCGUGCGUUUUUUGGACUUAAUACUCGUUUAAAGUCUCUUAUUUAUAAACAAUAUUCAUUCCAUUCGUUUAACUUUUCAUAUGAACAAAAGAAUGAAUUCAAUGAAAUAUGUCAAUAUCAUAUUCCACAUUUUAUUAAUCGUAUUUAUGCUCUGAAAAUUAAUGAACAUUUUUUUACUUAUAUUUCAUCAUUUGAUCAAUUUACUCAAUUACGAUUCUUAAAAGUAUCGCGUGUACCUUCACCUAAAACAUUAACAAAAAUUAUGGAAGAAUUACCACAUUUAUUGAAUCUUACACAUUUAACUAUUCGUUGUGUUAUUACACGACAAGUAUUCAUUGAUUUUUCAUUGAUUAUUGAUACAAUUUGGAAUUUACCAAAACUUCGUUAUUGUUCUUUAACUAUUUUUACUCCAGGGAUUAAUAGAUUAUAUAUGCCAACAAAAAUAUCAUCAACUCUUGAGUCACUCAAACUAACUGGAUAUCGUAUUCCUUUUAAUCAAAUAGACCAAUUCAUGAAAUAUACUCCUCAUUUAAAAUAUUUAUCAAACGUUCUUGUUUUUCUUGAUACUAAGAUUAAUCAUAACUAUGUUUUACUUUCUCUUUCGACAUUAAUCAGUUUAAAUAUUGGUAUAUGUCGCUCAUGUAAUUUAUCAAUGAUGGGUUUAUUAUUGAAAAACUUAUCAAAUCUUCAACAUUUAACUAUUAGAUUAUUUGACAAUAUCAUUGAUGGUUAUAAAUGGGAACAAUUUAUUCGUAAUUAUCUUUCUAAAUUGAAGAGUUUUAAAAUUGAUAUGAGUUAUGAAAUUGAUCGUAAUCGAAAUAUUGAAGAAUAUAUGAAUCGAUUAUUGAAUUCAUUUCAAAGUUCAUUUUGGAUUAAAGAACAUCAAUGGUUUAUACAUUGUUAUAUAAUUGAUACAACUAUUCAUCUGCAUACAUCAACAUGUUAUGAUUUUUGUUAUCUUGAUCAAAAAUUUCCUCUCAUAUGGAAAUCAACAAAUCCAAAUGAUAAUCAACAAAUACUUUAUAACAAUAUAAAAACAAUCGAUGAAACCUUUUUUGAUCAAUCAUUACCAUUAGAUAUUUGUUUACCAAAUAUUAGAUCUAUUACUAUUCAAUUUCCACUUCCUGAUCAAUUUUGGUCUAUUAUUCCUAAUCUUAAUCAUUUAAAUACAUUAAAUAUCAUAUUAUUUACUGAUAUAUAUCAAUCAGAAUUACAAAAUAUAUUAAAUCAAACAACUCAUUUGUGUUCUUUACAUAUUAAACAAGAUCCAUCAUUACGAUCACCUCAAUUAUCAUUCUUUAAAUGUACAAAUUCAUCAAUUCCUAUUCUUGAUUUUAUUGAAUUGAAUUAUUCUUUGGAUGAGAUAGAAUGUUUAUUAUUUUCUCGUUCAUCAUUAGCUAAUCGAUGCGAAACAUGUUCUAUUAAUGUUCAAAAUCGUCAUUGUAUUGUUAUUCUUAUGAAAAAUAUGCCGAAUCUUCAGACGUUAAAUGUUCGUUGUGAAGAGGAAGUCUCCAUCACUGAAAACAUCCAAAUUAUACAAUGGUUAAACGAUAAUUUAUCAUCAACAUAUUUGAUUACCAAAGAUUCUGAUUCUUCUGAUACUAUUCGAAUACGGAUUCAAUAA